GGAGGGUUUAUCAGACCGCUCAGGAGAAGCCCCAGUCCUCAGUCCCGGAGAGAUACAUAGGGCCCUGCGUUUCCCCCCAAAAGAGGCGCUGCUGUUUAGCGAACAGGGGGCCCGACGAUUAUGGUCCGCGAAGGCAGGGACCCUUGGAGAGGCGUCUACAGUAACGGCCCCUUCUUAUUGCAGGGGCAGCAGGGCUGUUUUUCCCUCCUCCUCCUCCUCCAGCUGCUGCUGGUGCAGCUGUUGCGCCCAGCUGGCCGCGCCCUGGGCGCCCCGGUUUCAGGUGUCUGUGCCACUUGUCAUGUACAUGCCACCUGUCAGCAGAGAGAUGGGAAGGAGAGUUGUAUCUGCAAUUAUGGAUUUGUGGGCAAUGGGAUAACCCAAUGUCAUGAUAAAGAUGAGUGUCAAUAUGGAGCCACUGUGGUCUGUGGGAACAAAACAUCUUGCCAUAAUACCCUUGGAGGCUUUUACUGCGUUUGUCUGGAAGGCUAUCGAGCAACAAACAACAACAAGACAUUCAUUCCCAAUGAUGGCACUUUUUGUACAGACUUGAAUGAAUGUGAAGUCCCAGAUACCUGUGGUCCUGGGGGACAAUGUAUAAAUACUCCUGGAAGCUAUGAAUGCUAUUGCAAGAAUGGAUACCUUCCCCAAAAUGGGAUCCAACCUUUCUACCCUACGAGGGAUGGUACAUUAUGCAAAGAAAUAGACUGUGGGACACCUCCGGAGAUUCCAAAUGGCUACAUCAUCGGAAAAUACACCUCUAGACUGGGUGGCCAAGUUAAUUAUGCUUGUAAAGAAGGAUUUUACAAUGACCAGAAAGAGAGUAUGACAACUUGUACUGCUGAUGGUACUUGGGAGACCCCAAAGAUACACUGUCAAGAGAUAAAGUGCGGCAGCCCACCAGUGAUUCAACAUGCUAUCCUUGUGGGGAAUUACAGUUCUAAUCUAGGAAGUAUUGUCUACUAUACUUGUGUAGAUGGCUUUGAGAGCACUGGAGGGAACCUUACCUCACUUUGCACAGCAGAAGGUAUCUGGAAGAAAAAUACCUUACAUUGCACAGAAAAAAAGACAUCGAUUACUAAUGUGUUUGUCUUUAAUGAUACCUGUGUAAAAUGGCGAGUGUCUCCAGGAAGAGAAGACUUGAAGAUGGCAUAUCUGAUACACAUUCAAGGGCAGCAACGAGAUCGGACAGAAUUUGUCCAUGAGGACUUGUUGAACUUCACCACAAGCAGUCAGGAGCCUGAGGUCUGCCUACAUCUGGAUCAGGGUACCAACUACACUGUGACCAUUAGGAUUACCUUUCCUAGGCUCUCUGUGCCUGUAACUGUCAGGAUUCAAACAGCUGAUGAUGAUGGAUCCUUGAAUGUUUCAAUAUUUAAUGAAACCUGUUUGAAAUGGAAGAGGAACCCCAGAGAUAUUGCAGAAAAGCAAAUAUACCAGUUUCAAGUCCUGGGACAAAGACAGUAUCAAAACAACUUUUAUCAUGAGACAUCGUUUAACUUUACUACAAGAGAAAGAUUUCCAGAGGUGUGUUUAGAUCUGUACCCAAGAACUUAUUAUACAAUAAAUAUCACCACCAUGGCAUUUCCAAAACAUUCGGCACAUAUCAUCAUAGCAACACCAAGAUCAGUAAAGCAGAUUAUAAGUAACAUUUCAGUUCUUAAUGAAACCUGCUUGAGAUGGAAGAGAAAUAUGAAGAUGGAUGAUUCAGAGGAGAUGUAUUUAUUCCAUAUAUGGGGCCGCCGAGGGUAUCAGAAGGAAUUUGACCAGGAAGUAUCAUUUAACCUGACCACUGGCAGUUGGGCUCCUGAGGUUUGCCUGGAGCUGUACCCAGGCACCAACUACACUGUAAACAUCACAGCAGCAUCCUCUGGACUUCCUGUGGUGGUCUCGCUUAUGACCCAGAUAACUGAGCCUCCAAUUCCAAACAUAGAGUUUAUUGCAGUACAAGGAGAUCCUUUACCAGCCCUGAGUCUACGGAAAGCAGAGGACAGAAAUGGACCCAUCAGUUCAUAUCAAGUGUUGGUGCUGCCCUUAGCUCUCCAAAGCAAGUUUCUCUGUGAUUCUAUACAGAACACCACUUUCUUUACCAAUGACUCAAGUACUAAGGGAUAUGUGGCUGCAGAAUUCCUGGCCAAAGACAUUACUGACGUCCAAGAGAUCUCCCUUGGAGACAGACUAUACUAUGGGAAAUUUUACAAUGCACCCUUGAAACCAAGAAGUGACUACUGCAUUAUAUUACGAAUCACUAGUGAAUGGAAUCAGGUGAGAAGACAAUCCUGUGUAGUUUGGGCUGAAGUGAAAGAUUCCUCCUUCAGUUUGCUACAAAUGAUGGGUGUUGGAUUGGGAUCCGUGGUUGCUGUGGUCAUUUUAGUGCUUCUCUCUUUCUCAGUGGUAUGAAGUCAGCCAGCUCUGGGUUCAGGAAUCUCUUCUGAAGAUCAUGUGGAACCUACCUCAAGUGCAUCCUGAAAAUGAAAAUCAGGCUGAAAAUGACAAGCAGGAUCUGACCAAAAUGAAUCUGUACCAUUGAAGGGAGCAAUCAAGGAGGAAAAUUCUUGGGCACAAUUCUAUGAAAGAAUAAAAUUGUCUAAGACAACCAGAGAUAGAGGGUCAUUGGCUGAUCCAGGAAGAGCAAUAGCACAUAUCUGGGGAAUAGACGUUAAACUUCAUCUGAUUUAUUGCGUAUAUAACCCUGUUAUUGUUGCUAAUUUGGGAAAGGAGGGACAUUUGUAAAAAUGCUGUCAUAAGGAGCAGUGAAUGUUAUUGGUGAGGCAAGCUGCUUGGCAGAAAAUUGGAAGCAGGAUUAAUAGAGCAUGAUGAAGAUAGGGAAUAAACUAAUGAUUUCAUUGAUACAUAGUGAGUUUAUUCUCUACUCAAAUAUCAAAUCAGUCUUCCUAAAGCAAAGGUCUGCACACAAAAUCCCUUCUAUUCAAUAAACUCCAGUGACUCCCUAUUACUUCCAGGAUUUAAAAAAAAAAUGCUACUUUUCCAUUCUUUUUACACCUAACUCCACUCCAUGUUCUCCUCUGUCUAUGAAUGUUGACCUCUUUGCUGUUCUUCAUGCAAGACUUUUCACCUUCUGUAAGAAGCUUUUCUUGAUCCUUUUAAUGCUAGAGCCUUUCCCCUGAGCUGAUUUCCCUACAUUCUGUAUCUAUCUUUAUUGUACACAGUUGCUUGCAUGUUACCUCUCCCAUUAGACUUCAAACUCCUUGAUAUUAGAGACUGUUUUGCCCCCCCCCCUUUAUGAUGAGGAUUUAUAUGGUACUAAAUGUUUCUCCACAAGGAAACUCUCUCCCAAAGUAGAUCAACAUCUUCUCUUGAGUAGCCUAAAGAAUUAAGAGGUUAAAUAAGAUUUUAUAAAGGUGAAUGUUGACAGCUCUUUGCAUAUGUUUCGAAAAAUAAAAUACUAUUUAAAAAAGAAUUAAAAGGUUAAGUGACUAUGCACACUGACUCAAUUAGGAGAUCAUGCCAAGAAAUAGUCCCAAUCAAUUGGAAGAGCUCCUCAUUAGUACUGAUGUGAGAAGCCGCAAUCUCAUCUCAUUGUACUGGAGUUCCAUAUUCUUCUCAUUUUCAGGAGCACUAGAGUUGUCUUUCAGGCCUAAAAAUUUUGCUCUAGAGACAUGAUUGGAAAGCACACCAAAAAGUUAAUAGUUGGAAGCAGAAAACCUGAAUUUAAAUUCCACUUUUAAUGUUUACUAGCUAUCAUUACACUCUUCUGAGUCUCAAUUUCUUCAUCUGUUAAAUGGGACAAACAGUACUUUCACUAUCUAACUCAUCGGCUUGUUUUGAGAUGAAGUGAGAGAAAGGUCUGUGCAUGAGAAAAGAUACUUAUUUGCAAAAAAAUAAAAUAAAUAAAGUCCUUUAUAAGUUUUUUAUAUAAGCAUAACUUAGACAGGGUGAUAGGGAUUAGUCCUAUGAUGUCAAAAUUUAGAGGAAAUAAACACACUUGCAGUUUUUCAACAGUGUAAAAACAAUUGAACUUAGCAUCUGAUUUGAAGAAUAAUUAGUCAAAAUAGGAAACAUUCAGAAAACAAGCUUCUCUUCCCCUCCCCACUUCCCACCCAAGGUUCACCAAAUGACUCUAUCCUACCCAAUUUUUCAAUCAGAUAAUCAAAAAACAUUUAAGUGCCUAUUAUGUGUCAAUCACUCUGCUACAUUCCAGGGGUAGAAAAACUUGAAACAAUCCCUAACCUCAAAGAGUUUAUAUUCCAUUGGGAGUGACAAUGUAUACAAAUAAGCUACAUACAAAAUAUAUAUUAAAUAGUUUCUAGAUGAUUGAUGUGUAUGUGUGGAUAUGUCUCUUGUAUGUGUGUAGCUGAAAAAGUCAGUAAAGGCCUCACAAAGAAAGUAGACCUUGAGCUGAGUAUUAGAAGAAUAUAUGGAUUCUAAGAGGAAGAGAGAGCACUUGCCAGUCACUGGGGACAGCCAUUAUAAGGGCACAGAGACAAAUGAGUAAAGUCAUUUUGGUCAAUUGAAUUCAUUAAGUAAAGUAAUGUGUAAUAAGGCUAUUAAGGAAUGUUAGGGCAGAGCACAAAGUGUUUUAAAUGACAGAAGGGUUUAUAUUUGAAGCUAGAGAUAAGAAGAAGAUGCUGGAGUCAGUUGAUAGGGAGAGUGACAUUAUCAGACUUGUAAUUUUGGGGGAAAUAUGUUAGUAGAUGUAUGGAGAAUAGAUAAAAAUGGAGAGAAUAGAAAAAUAGAGAGAGCUACCAAUUAGGAGUGCUAUGAUAGUGUGGUCAAAAGGCAAUGAGAGGCUUGUUAGGAUUAUGUGACUAUGAGUAGAGAAAAGAUUGACUGAAUAUGUGUAUGUGUGUGUGUAAAUGUUACAUAAAUAUAUAACAUGUAUGUACAUAUUUUAUAUAUGUAUAUAUACUAUACAUGCAUAUGUAAAAUUUAUACAGCUAAUAUAUAUAUUUAUAAUUAUCUUUAUCAUCUCUUCAUUUAUGAGCCAUACAUAUACACACAAACACACAUACAUAUUUGCACCAUAUACUGUUCUAUAGUUGUUUUUCAAUCAUGUCUGACUCCUCAUUAAUUCAUUUGGGUUUCUCUUGUCAAAGAUACUGGAAUGGUUGCCAUUUCCUUCUCCAGCUCAGUU